AUGUCGCUUCCCGUGUCCCACUACUUCCUCCAGCGGUGGGGGACCACCCCGCUGCCUCGCCUGAUUGAUGAACUCGCCGAAUUAUGUCCGAAUCAGCCCAUGGUCUCCCUGCCACGCCACAAUGGCCGGCCAGCUGAGGGAUACCGCGACUAUAGCAUCAAUGAGUUUGCCUGUGCGGUGAAUCGGGCAGCGUGGUGGAUUGAGCAGCAAUUGGGACGCGCUCCAACCCGCUGGGCCACCCUACAUUAUGUAGCGCCCCAGGAUUUGUCGUACUUCAUCAUUACGCUGGCAGCAGUCAAGACGGGAUAUAAAACCCUGACCUGUCACCCGAGCGCAGACGUGGACACACAUCUGUCACUCAUGGAGCACACCGAUUGCCAUCGGUUGCUGUACCCCCCAGGCUCCAACACCUCCGUGAUGCACAAGGUCAACGCCAUCCGAUCCUUCAAAGAGGGGUUGACGGCCCUCGUCACCCCGACGCUGGCGGACUGGCUGGCCCCCGAAGGGCCGCCGACCCCCGUCUAUGCCUUCUUACCAGCAUUGGCCGACGUGCUGCACGAUCCCUUCACCGUCGUCCAUAGCUCUGCCUCUACGGGCCCUGCCAAACCCAUUGUCUUCACGCACGCCACUAUAUAUCUGCAACCAUUGGGCUUCCAAAAGCUACGAGACCCAACUCCAGUCAACUACGAGCAGUGGCGCGGUCAGCGCGUCGGUGUGCUGACGCCACUCUCUAUCGCCGCCGGCCUAUUUCCCUUCCUGGGCAUGAGCUUCUGCUUCGACAUAACCCUGGUUCUGCCCGCCGUGACGGGAGGUCCCAUGAGUGCGACGUUGAUGGACCAGCUUUUGCAGCACGGCGAUGUCUUUGCCUGCAUCCUCGGGCCCAAGACCUUGCCCGAGACAUGCGCCAACCCGGCCUAUACGGCAAACCUGCGCCGCGUGCGCCAUCUUGCCAUUGUUGGCGCCCCUUGUCAGCCCUACCUGGCGUCCCAAAUAACCCGCUAUACUCAGAUCACCCACAUCUAUGGUUCUUCCGAGUCCGGCACACUUCCCGCCGAGGUGCUGCCCGACCCGGCCGACUGGGCUUACCUGAAGCUCAGUCCAGAUGUGCCGCAUGAAUUUCGCCCUGUGUGCGAGCCAUACCACGAGCUGGUGCUGCUGCGCCGUCCACGCGCCCCCGCCCAGCCCGUCUUCGCCAUGUUCCGCAGCUGUGACGAAUAUCCCAUGGGCGAUCUCUUUGCACCCCACCCAUCCCAGCCGAACUGUUGGCGGUACUGCGGCCGCCGCGCCGACCUCAUCGGUGCCCCGCCGCGUCACUUCCUCCCCCGCGACAUGGAAUGGGUGCUGGAAGCCCAUCCCGCCGUCCGCUGGGCCCUAAUUGCUGAGGAGCGCCAUGGUGGCCUUGCCCUCCUUCUGGACCUGCACCCCGACGUGGACAUUCAUUCGGCCACCCCCAUCUGGGAUGCGCUCCUGCCGCUGCUUGACCAAGCCAACGCCAUGUGUCCCAUUCCCGCUGCCAUCCGCCGCGACCUCGUUGUAUUCACAGACCCGUCCAGGCCCCUGCCGCUCAGCGUCAAGGGAAACCCGCAACGCGCCCGCUCGAUCGAGCUCUACCGUGCGGACAUUGAGGCGGUGUUUGGAUCGGAUGAUAGCAUAUAG